GAACAUGAUAAUCUUUCCUCAGGAACUGAUCCCCUAAUCUGCUCUAAUCUGGUAAUCCCAGCUCCGCCCCUCUGUCCCGGCUCAGAUCAGCUCAGCCUGUUAGUGACUUCAGACUUGCAGGGAUGGAAGUUCCAGGGUUCCUGGUUCUGCCGUGGUCCAGCAGCGCUGCUGUGGUGUCAGAACUGGACCUGGUACCUCUAGAGGAGGGACAGGGGGCGUUGCUGCUGAGGUGUGGAGCUGUUCUGGGCGUCACUCUGAUCUGUGUGGCAGUGUUGAGGCGGUGGAUCUCAGGUGGAGUUUGUCGUUGUUCACUUCGUCUCGAUGGGAAAACGAUUGUGAUCACAGGAGCGAACACGGGCAUCGGCAAAGAGACGAGCAGAGAGAUGGCGCGCAGAGGGGCUCGGGUGGUGAUGGCAUGCAGAGACCUGACGAGGGCGGAGCAGGCAGCAGAUGAGAUCCGCAGGACGACAGGAAAUGGAAAUGUGGUGAUACGACACCUGGACCUCGCCUCACUCUACUCUGUCAGACACUUCGCUAAAGACUUUCUGGACAGUGAAGACAGACUGGACGUCCUCAUCAACAACGCAGGAGUGAUGAUGUGUCCAAAAUGGCUGACUGAAGAUGGUUUUGAGACUCAGAUGGCAGUCAAUCAUUUGGGUCACUUCCUGCUGACCAAUCUACUGCUUCCAAAACUGAAAAGCUCCGCCCCAAGCCGAGUUGUCAAUGUGUCAUCCAUCGCCCACAAAGGGGGUCAUAUUGACUUUGAUGACAUGUUCUUCAGCAGAAGACCAUACAGCCCUCUGGAGAGCUACCGACAGAGUAAACUAGCCAACGUGUUGUUCUCCAGAGAACUCGCCCGUCGACUCACAGGUUCUGGAGUGUCGUCGUUCUGUCUCCACCCUGGUGUGAUCCGGACUGAGCUGGCUCGUCAUGUUCAGGGCUGGUUCCCCCUGAUGGGGGUGCUGUUGAGUCUGCCCUCAUUGCUGCUCAUGAAGACUCCGAGUCAAGGCUGCCAGACCACGGUUUACUGCACCGUCACACCAGGACUGGACCAACGGAGCGGAUCUUACUUCAGUGACUGUGCAGAGAAAGAAGUGGCGGAGGAGGGGCAGGACAACGCGGUGGCGAGGCGGUUAUGGGAGGAAAGCGCUCGAUUAGUGGGAUUACACACUAAGGACAGGUGCUGACCUCUGACCUCAUCUGUUCAGACGGAAGACGACAAGUCAUGUGACUGAUUGUUUGAAUAUAAACAUGUUCAUUAUUUGUAUGUGUGACAAGUUGUUGUUAUUGUGAUGUAAUCUGUAAACAAAAUU